GCUAUACUGGCUAUGCUGCAAACAUCAGGCAAAUUGUACAUUGCACUGCCUGAAGACGAUGCCUGCUGGUAUAAAAUACCAAUAGUGAAUAAGUAGGUGCAUAUGAUCAUCAUACACCCCAAAGUGACAUCUAAUUAGUAAUGCGCUUACUAGUACUUCUCUGUGUCUUCCUCUACUACCUCGUUGGAGUGAUCCGAGCUGCACCUACAACAAAUACAACAAAUACUACCACUAGUGACAUUUUUAAAGCCCCAUCGUUCACCACCAGAACCCUAUGGAGCAUAAUUUCUAGCUCCGUUCUCACUCUUUUUGCAUGCGUUUACAGUGCCAUCCACCCUAAUAUUCCGAAUCCUAAACACAGCGGCUACCCUCAUACUCUAUGGCGACAACUUGGCAUGAUGAUAAUGGCACUGAUCCUUCCUGAACUGAUCGCCACAUGGGCUAUGCGCCAAUGGUUCAGCGCUCAUCAAGUUACAAGGCAGUUCGAGAAAUCGGGGUAUCCCAACGUUCGUCCGGAGUCUGAAGAAAUGAGUUCUGUUAAAGCACCUGGAAAUCGCUUCCUUCGCUGUAUUCUCUUGCCUUUCGUUCACAUCUUUCUCCUCCUUGCUAAAGGUGUAUUAUCUGUACCGGUAUCUCUUUUGCGUGUCCUUUGUGCUCCUGUGAUGUGGGUCGCAAGGCGGAUUAAGUCAGAGCAAUCCGAGUCUGACUUGGAAGAUUAUACGUGGACUCAGACGCACAGCUUCUUUGUGCUGAUGGGUGGUUUUAUGCUUUAUGUGGACGGGAAACCUUACCUUACACUACGUCCUGAUUACAUCGUCAAACUGACACGUGAGGGGUGUAUCGACGUUUCUACCCUAACGGCAAAGCAGAUUCACGACAGGAGUAAAGGCAAUGCGAUAUCGAAAGGAUCGGUCAUCCUUCAGGUGGCCUGGUUCAUCAUCCAGCUCAUCACCCGCGCCAUCUACCAUCUCGAAACCACCCAGCUUGAAAUGGGGACACUCGCUUUUGCGGUUCUCAAUUUCCUAACUUAUGCUGUGUGGUGGAACAAGCCUCUCGAUGUGCAAUGUCCACAUCCAGUGUACUGGAAGUUGACCGAGUCAAUGCCAGAGGAUCACAUUGAAAACGAACUCGCUCGGUUUGGGAUCUUGGCACCAGUCUUUCGCCCAGUUCUAGAACUGAUAGGCAUCCCUGACAUUCCCACGUCUCGAAAGCUCCAAGUCCCGACAUUCGAUGGCAGCAUCAAUCUCGAAGAUUCGGACAAGAACAUUCUUCAGCUUGCUGCGUUGCUCAUGGCGAGCACGUUUGGCGGCAUCCAUUUUAUGGCUUUAUUUUAUACUUCUUCCCCAGGCAGGAAUCAGGCCACACUGUGGUCGAUGAGUUCCUUCAUUAUAAUUAGCGUACCGUUUGCUUAUGUCCAGAUUUAUUUUAUGUUGCCGAACCGGUAUCUUACACCAUUUUUCAUCGUGGGCUUUUCAUUACAUGCCCUGUUGUACAUUGUGGCUCGUGCCUGCCUCUUGGUACUUAUGUUCACCACUUUACGCCAUCUUCCUCCUGACGCACACAUCGUGGUGUCGUGGACCAGUUUGGUGCCGCACCUAUAAUUCUUGAUCAUGAU